AUCACCUAUGACCCUAUGAUAUGCGACAAUAUAAAACCAAAACUUAAAUCAGAGUUCCUCCAGCAAUUUGUAUUUUGCUCAAGAUUCCAGCAUCUGCAGUUCCUUGCAUCCCCACUGGCUUUCAUUUACAUUCUGUUGGUAGAAUCUCUUGCAAUUCCGACAAUUACACGGUUAACGGACAGAGGCGAGCUCCCGGUUCAUAAAUAGCGGGGCAUUUCCAAGUCAGCGUGAGGCGAGCCAUGUCUGCUGAGGUCCAACUGUAUAUCUCCAGCGUCUCAGCGUCCAGUGUGUUAAGGUCUCAACAGUCAGAAGUGGAAAGGGUGCUGGAAAUAAAGGGAAUAAAUUACAAGCCGAUAGAUAUCUCAGUCAGCGAGGCACUGCUGGAGGAAAUGAGAAGUAGGGCAGGUGACCCAGAUGCGCUUCCACCACAGAUAUUCAAUGGCAACAAUUACUGCGGGGAUUACAAUCAAUUUUACGAAGCUGUGGAGAAUGACGAAAUUUACGACUUCCUAAAAUUGAGAGAGAAAGAAACGCAGCUCUAA